UUGCCAGCGCGGCGGUGGCGGAUCGCUUGGUUCCAGUUUGUAGGUCCUGUGAGGGCGAGCUGAGGCGGAGAAAGGGCGUGGAACUGGAACCGGGUGAGUCAGGCACUGUCUACGCGAUAAAGGGAGGCGGCACCGCGGCAGAGGGCUGACUUAAAUCAGCGCGGCAGUCUUUUCAGGGACGUAGUGGUCUCGGCGUCAGCGAAAAGAGCGAGGAGGCGCCAGAGCCCGGUUCUCGUCCUUCGCUCCCCGCCGCCCGCUCCACCAUGCAGUCCCGGGAAGAAGCUCCGCGCUCUCGCCGCCUCGCCAGUCCCCGCGGCGGGAGGCGUCCCAAGAGGAUUUCCAAGCCCUCGGUUUCGGCUUUUUUCACGGGCCCGGAGGAGCUGAAGGACACGGGCCAUUCUGCAGCCCUGCUGGCCCAGCUCAAGUCCUUCUACGACGCGCGGCUGCUCUGCGAUGUGACCAUCGAGGUGGUCACCCCCGGCAGCGGGCCCGGCACGGGCCGCCUUUUUUCCUGCAACCGUAACGUGCUGGCGGCCGCGUGUCCCUACUUCAAGAGCAUGUUCACCGGCGGCAUGUACGAGAGCCAUCAGACGAACGUGACCAUGCACGACGUGGACGCCGAGUCCUUCGAGGUGCUGGUUGAUUACUGCUACACCGGUCGCGUGUCAUUAAGUGAGGCCAACGUGCAGCGCCUUUACGCGGCCUCCGACAUGCUGCAGCUGGAGUACGUGCGGGAAGCCUGUGCCUCCUUCCUAGCCCGCCGCCUUGAUCUGGCCAACUGCACGGCCAUCCUCAAGUUCGCUGACGCCUUCGACCAUCACAAGCUGCGAUCACAGGCCCAGUCGUUUAUAGCCCACAACUUCAAGCAGCUCAGCCGUAUGGGUUCGAUUCGGGAAGAGUCCCUGGCAGAUCUGACCCUGGCCCAGCUGCUAGCUGUCCUGCGCCUGGACAGUCUAGACAUCGAGAGUGAGCGGACCGUGUGUCACGUGGCGGUGCAGUGGUUGGAGGCGGCUCCCAAGGAGCGGGGUCCCAGCGCUGCAGAAGUCUUCAAGUGUGUGCGCUGGACCCACUUCUCUGACGAAGAUCGGGGCUACCUGGAAGAGCUGCUGACCAAGCCCAUUGUGAAGAAGUACUGUCUGGACCUUGUUGAAGGGGCCCGGCAGAUGCGAUACGGUGACACGUUGUGCAAGGCUCUGGUGCCCAAGCCGGAGAGCAGCGGCGGCAGCUCUGUUGUGUCCAUAGCAGAAAAUCCACCCCAGAGGCUGGGCGUGUGUGCCAAGGAGAUGGUGAUCUUCUUUGGCCAUCCCAGAGACCCCUUCCUGUGCUAUGACCCAUACUCGGGGGACAUUUACACAAUGCCAUCGCCUUUGACCAGUUUGGCUCACACUAAGACUGUCACCUCUUCAGCUGUCUGUGUCUCUCCAGACCAUGACAUCUAUCUGGCCGCCCAGCCCAGGAAGGACCUCUGGGUGUAUAAACCAGCCCAGAAUAGUUGGCAGCAACUUGCUGACCGCCUGCUCUGCCGGGAGGGCAUGGAUGUGGCAUACCUCAAUGGCUACAUCUAUAUCCUGGGUGGGCGGGACCCCAUUACUGGAGUGAAAUUAAAGGAAGUGGAGUGCUACAGUGUUCAGAGGAACCAGUGGGCCCUAGUGGCCCCUGUACCACAUUCCUUCUAUUCCUUUGAACUCAUAGUGGUUCAGAACUAUCUUUAUGCUGUGAACAGUAAGCGCAUGCUCUGCUAUGAUCCUAGCCAUAAUAUGUGGCUGAACUGUGCUUCUCUUAAACGGAGUGACUUUCAGGAAGCCUGUGUCUUCAACGAUGAGAUCUAUUGCAUCUGUGACAUCCCAGUCAUGAAGGUGUAUAACCCAGCCAGGGGAGAAUGGAGGCGUAUUAGUAAUAUUCCUCUGGACUCGGAGACCCACAACUACCAGAUUGUCAAUCAUGGCCAAAAGUUGCUCCUCAUCACUUCUACAACCCCUCAAUGGAAAAAGAACCGGGUAACUGUGUAUGAAUAUGAUACAAGGGAAGACCAGUGGAUUAAUAUAGGGACUAUGUUAGGUCUUCUACAGUUUGACUCUGGCUUUAUUUGCCUCUGUGCUCGUGUUUAUCCUUCCUGCCUUGAACCUGGUCAGAGUUUCAUCACUGAGGAAGAUGAUGCACGGAGUGAGUCUAGUACUGAAUGGGACUUAGAUGGGUUCAGUGAACUGGACUCUGAGUCAGGAAGUUCAAGUUCUUUUUCUGAUGAUGAAGUCUGGGUACAGGUAGCCCCUCAGCGAAAUGCACAGGAUCAGCAGGGUUCUUUGUAAAUAUUUUGAAAUACUAAGAUGUUUCUAUUGCUAUGAAUAUAUCUUAAAAAGAUGUCCUUUCCUUUUCUGGGGAAAAAAGAAAACUUUGAUUAGGAUUGCAGAUUUGGUUUAGAAAGGGUAAUGUUUGAAUUGCUAAUGUGAUGUUACAAAAUGUAAACAGUCCAUGAAAUCAGCUUUAUAAUAAUUUACUGUGCUGAAAGUCAAGAUUAAAAUAUGCAAAAAAAAAAAAAUGAACCAUGUAAUUGAUUAGAAUGCUUGCUGGUUUUUUUCCAUGUUCAAGAAUUUGUUGCACUAGUGAAUAGUUUUCAUUAAUUACACAGUUUAUAUUUUGAUUAUCUAAUUUAGUCUUCUGUUCAUUCUUAAAUUCUGUUUAGUGUUGUGGGGGAAAAGUUAGCUUUUUCAUUUUUUUGUAGAAAAUUGGACUAGAAAUUGUUGGCAGGGUUUCAAAGAUUUAUAUCUUCCUUCUGAAUAAUGAAAGUAGUAGA